AUGGGAAGGGUUUCUGGUUACAGAAAGCAGAUUACUCUCUACCAACGAACUGCAGAUUUGAUCAAACAACCUCCUUUAAGAAGCAGCAUGGAUGAACUCCCUCUUGAUAUUGUCUUCGACUUUUUCUCGAGAAUACCCAUAGAGAUGCUGUUUCGAUUCAGGUGUGUAUCUAAACUAUGGUGUAACAUGAUUGAUCAUCCAAGUCUUGCUAUCAUGCACAUAACACGAGCCACAGAAGGACCUACACCAUUACUUCUGUCUGAUCCGAUGCCAGGAAAAUCCACCAUGAGUAUAUAUUUAGCAAGAGAAAAAGGCAGGACUUUAGAAACACGUGUGAAUCCUCUUGUAGAGUUUGAUUUAAAUAGCUUUCAUACAGAGGGUUCUUGCAAUGGUUUGCUUUAUUUCGCAGAAUUUGCCGGUGAAGGGAUUGUCACUCUGUCAAAUCCUCUUCGAAGAGAAUUUCAAAGGCUUCCACCGAUAAAAAUCCUGUCUCCUAAUCUGCGGCGCUUUAAGACAUAUGGUUUGGGUUUUGAUAUUUCAACUAAUACCUUCAAGAUGAUCUGUGUUUUCUUGGUUACAUUGAAUUCAGAAGCAUCAGGUUAUAGCUUGGGCACAUUGGUGCAUACAUUGAAAACAAGCUCAUGGAAAGAGAUAUCUGAAGUUCCACCAUAUCCUAUAAGGGGUAAGCCUGUUUUUGCAUAUGGAGCUUUGCACUGGAUUGUUGACCCUCUCUUUGUUUCCCACAAUCUGAUAGUUUCUUUUGAUGUCGGGAAGGAGAAAUUUAACUCGAUUUCUCUUGCCAAUUUUGAUUCAAAAGACUCUAAUUUAUUUCGGUUGGUUGAUUUGAAUGGUGAUUUGGGUAUGACCGAUUUAUCGUCAAAUGAAAAAAUUGAGAUAUGGGUUAUGAAGGAUUAUGCAAAAAAAGAGUGGGUUCGAAAAUAUAUAAUAUACAUCGGUGCUCCGGAUGGAAAACCUGAUAAUGGACACAUUGAAGUUGUAGGUCUCUGGAAACAUGGUGAGAUAUUGUUGAGAUCCUCUGAAGGAUAUUUUUUCUACAGUAAGGAAAAAGGCCUAAGGUAUACUCAGACAUCGGGUAUCAAGCUUAAUUCAAGUGUCUAUAUUUACAGGAAGAGUUUGGUCUCGUUGUCCAAGGUUAUGGAAGUUUUAUAG